UAACAUCUGCCAAGCAUAACGGAUAAGCAUGGCCUGAGACGGGACAAAGACUAUAGCUUUGCCUCUCAGGUUUUAGCAAAGCGCAAUCCUUCAAGUAGUAUCAAAUUGAUGCAUGUGCAAUAGAAGCACUGCAGCUUCCGCAAAUCCUGUUGUCGCGCUUCCACGCCAACACAACAGCCCGCGCAAAGCGACCGCGGCGCAGAAAGGUUUCACUUGCGAGAAAUGGGCGGGGAGGAUGCUGCAGUCGUGAAGGCACAGAUGAUUGAGAGAGUGAAGCAGUACGAGAGCAAACUCGCGGCUCUCAAUGCCAUCAAUAGCGCCCUUCAGAAGGAGAAUGACAAGCUGCGGGAGGAGCUGGCGCACGCGCAGGACCCCACCACGGACGCAGAGGAGGAGCUCCUGGAGCUCAAAGAGGAGUUCGCCACGCGCCUGGGCGCCGCCGAUGCCACCAUUCAGGCGCUCAAGGAGGACAAGGCGCGGCUGAGCGCGCAGCUGAGUCAGGCGGCUGCGGGCGGCUCCGCCUCCGAGGCGCGGCUGGCGGAGAUGAGCGCCUCCAUAGAGCAGCUGCGGGCGGAGGGCGAGGCGCUGGCCAAGAAGGCGGGCGACGCCGAGUCGGGGUUGCGCAAGGCGCGGUCGGCCCUGAAGGACGUGGAGGCGGAGCGGGACCGCCUGGCGUCACGACUCAAGACCAUGGAGGUGCAGCUUCUGGAGGCGCAGGAGCGGGCGGCGGCUGCGGCGGCGACUGCCACCGCGCAUAGCGAGGAGCUGGAGCGGGAGGUGUCGGCGGUGCGCAUGGAGGCCAAGCGCAUGGUGGCGGAGGCACGGCGGGAGGCGGCGGAGGCGCAGGCGCGAGCCGAGAGCGAGGCGGCGCGCGGCGGCGCCGAGGUGGUGGCGGCGGCGCGCGAGCGCGAGUCCGCGCUGCUGGCCAGCAUUGCGGAGCUGCGCGGCGCCCUCAGCGAGCGCGAGGCGGCGGCGGCGGACCGCGAGGAGGCGCUGCGGCGGGCCACUGGGCGGCUGGAGGAGCGGUGCAGACAGCUAGAGGCUGAGAAGGAGGAGCUAGCGGCCUCCACCACAGACGCCUCCCGGCCGCUGCUCAAACAAAUCGAGUCCAUGGCGGCAGUCGCCGCCGCUGCGCAGGCAGCGGCGCAGGAGGCCGAAGCCAAGCUCAUAGCUCGCCUGCGGAGCGCAGAGGCGGCGGCCGCAGCCUCGGCAGACGCGGAGCGGGCGGCGGUUGGGCGGGCCACUGCGGCGGAGGCGGCGGCCGCCGCGGCCAAGGAGGCAGCGGCGGCGGCGGGUGCUUCGGGGGCAGAGGCGCGGUCCAAGUUGGAGGCGUUGCAGCGGCGAGCGGUCACGUUGGAGGCGGAGAAGUCGAGCGCGGAAGAGCGGCUGAUGGCGGCUCUGGCGCGAGAGGAGCGGCUGCGGGCGGAGGGCGAGGCGUCGGUGCGCGAGCUGCAGGAGAAGCUGUGGGACGCGGAGGAACGGGUGCGCGCACUCACGGAGGAGCGCGACGAGCUCAUGGCCAGGCUGGAGGCCGGCGGCAGCGGCCGGCAGCUGGGCGGCAGCGGGCAGCAGCUGAGCGGGCUGGGCGGCGCCAGCCGCAAGGGCUCCAUGCCCGGGCCCAUGGCGCCGGCGCCUUCAGCAGCACUGGGCCUGCAGAAUGGCGACGUGGUCGAGGCGCGCGCGGCGUCGGAGGACGGGGGCGGCGGCGAGCAAGGCGCCGGACCGGGGGUCGCGGGGGCGGGGGCGGGCACGGGCGCGGGGGCGGGGACGGCUGUAGCAGCUGUGACGCGGCUGUCGGCCGCAGAGGAGGAGGAGCUGGAGGGGGUGCUGGGGGCGCUACUGCGGCAGGCGGCGGCCACAGCGGCGUCGACUGCAGGCCGCGGCGGCGGCGCCGGCCUCGCGUCGCACUACUCGAAUGGGGCGCUGGGUGUGGACACCGGCGGCGGCGGCGCCGGCUCGACUACUGACGCAGCUGCGGUGGCGCGUGCGCUGGACCUUUUGCACUCGCGGCUGCGGGCUGCGGAAGCGGCGCGGGAGGGCGCGGCGGAGGCGCUGUGUGCGGCCAUGCAGCGCGCGGACGCGGCGGCGGCAGACGCGGCGGCGGCGGAGGGGUUGCGUCAGGAGCUGGGAGACACACGUGCCAAGGUGGAUUUCCUGCUGGAGCUGCUGGGCGAGCGCAAUGAGAUGAUUGAGCAAUUGCAGGAUGACAUCAAGGAGAUGAAGGACAUCUUCUGGCGGCAGCUGGAUGAGUGCGCCAACCAGCUCAAUGCCGUCAAGCAGGAGUCCGCCCAGCUUAGAGCCACCGCCUCCACGUCAGCGGCGCCGGUGCUGACCUCCGCGUCGGCAGCGGGGGCAGGAGUAGCAGCACCAGCAGGAGGAGCAGCGGCAGGUGGAGCAGAAGCAGGGGAAGCGGGCGGAGACGCGGCGGCACCAGAAGCAGGAGCGGCAGGCGCCGUGGCGUCGCCGCUGCGGCACCAGCAGCUCCUCCAACACGCACAGGGGCACCCCGGGCAUGCAGGCCACAGCCACGGCGGCCGGGGCGGGCUAGGUGCCCGUGGACACGGGCAUGCAGACUAGUUCGGUGCGGGAGCAGCUGGGUGGGUGGGUGGAUGUGUACAUUCGCUUUGUAGCGUCGCCGCGCUAGUACCGGUACUAGCUGGGGUGCGCCCACACGCGGUGCUUUGACCCCGAUUUGCCGAAUUUGCGGGACUUCUUCAUCUGCGUUUGGGGGCGUAGGUAGCAUGACACAUUGUGUUUAUGGCCGCGAGAGCGUGCAGCUGAAAGCCAGUAGGAAAUGACUGUGGUGAUGGUGCGGGGGUGCGCGCGGUUCGUGCGGUUCGUGAUCCAAGUGUACCUCCUCGGACCAGGAAGGUUGGCUGGCUAGGGAUCCUCACACACAUGCUAGCGAUUCGCCAGUAGCACUUGAGCAUGACGUAGCACUUCAGCAUGACGUUGUUUGUUACAGCGGCGGAUCUACCCGGCAGGGGGCAUGGUUUGCGAGAUUAUAUGAUUGAGACAAGUGUUCCCCGGUCACGGGAAAAGGGGCUGAGCCCCUCCACUCUCUGAGGCCGAACAACCUCAUCGCCCGGACAUAGCCGGGGUCGGUUUCCACAGGCACAUAGCCAAACCAGGUGCCUAGCAAUCGCGAUGC